AUGGUCAAUUCUUGCGCAACGGAUAUAUUCGCCAACGCAGAUUCAAAAGGAAAUUUACAACCACCGAAAACCACGAACGACAAAAUUGUCGCUGACAACGGGGAGCUCUUUCUCGAGCGGUGGAAUGCUUGUGCAAGGGAAGCACUAAUAAGAUCACCAUUGGCAUCAGCAAGCAUGUGUGGCGCGCAUUCGCAUCACCCGGCGGACGAUAUAACCUCUUGGAGGGAUAAUGACGCUUUUGGAGACGAUGAAGAGGAUGAAGAGAGCAAUGCCGGAACGACAGUUCGGGCAGCGACACGUCCACAAGCAUCGGCAGACCACACCGCUGACCGAUCUGCAGCUACCACCAGCGACGAUGAAACGUUCGAACCCACCGACCGAGCCCAUGGCCCUGUCGAUGCUACGGGGCUAAAGGAGAGACCCGAGCUUGCCCAUUAUCUGCAAAACGAUAGCUCGAUACUCACUCUCGCUGUUGGAGAUCGAUACAUAUACGCUGGCACACAAGAUGGGGAGAUCGUUGUUUGGUCGCUGGCCUCAUUUGAGCUUGUCCUCCGCAUACAAGCACACACGCGAGCAGUGCUGUGCUUGUUUCUCUCCGCAGACGGGCAGCUGCUGUUCUCCAGCGCUGGAGACGCAAUUGUCAAUGCAUGGUGCCCAGUUAACCUGAAGAGACUGUAUCACAUAUACAGCACAUACGAUGUCGGAGAUGUCUUCAGUGUUGCAUAUUCUAGGCAAUUCGACACUGUGUAUCUUGGAGCGCAAAAUACCAGCAUACAGUGGUGCAGCUUGAAGGACUCUGCUAGUAGACCUCGCCCAAACCUCGAGCACCAUCCGGACCGGCGAAACCACAGAUUCUUUGACUCGGUACAGCAUGGGGGAACAUCGACACCACGACCCCAACCGCUUCGAACGACAGUUAGUGAUGGCGAAAUCCUUGAAAUGGAUAAGGCGCAUAUGAUGCACUAUGCACAUUAUGGCUACAUUUACUGCAUGCUACUGGUUAAAGGUGCUACUAGGCUGGUAGACUCGGAUGAGGAUGUUUUGAUAUCUGGCGGAGGAGAUGGAACAAUCAAAAUAUGGAGACUGGCUCAUGACAACCAAGGAAUUAAGGAACUGGCUUGCCUAGGACAGGAUGAUGCUGAAUCGGUGCUGUCCAUGGCUGUGGAUGGGUCGUUUCUCUACAGCAGCAAACUUGAUGGGAUCAUUGAACUCUGGGAUUUGGACACCAAACAGAAACUUCGUGUUAUCAAAGCACACAGAGGAGAUGUUAUGACGUUGCAAAUGGCUUGGGGCUAUCUUUGGAGUGCCGGAUCGACAGGAUUUGCGAGAAAAUACAGCACAGUCCAAUACGGCAAAUACCAGAGCUCAUCGUCAUUUAGCCAGAAGUAUCAUUGCGUGAACCGAUGGAAAGCCCACGAAGGCAGAAUUUUGGCAUCAGCAGUCACCACAUACAACGGGCAGCAGCUUUAUAUCACGGGUGCUAACGACAAUUCUGUCUCAAUUUGGAAUAUUACUGGCUGUACGACAGAAUCCUAUGGCAAGAAUGAGGUUCCUGAAAACCAGUUGAUCAAAUCUCUGCAAGAGUUUGUCUCGUUCAAAACUGUGUCUUCAAGGCCUGACAAUGCCGAGGAUUGUCGACGUGGGGCGACAUUCCUACGGACGUUAUUUAAGAAGCAUGGAGCUCAAACCGAAAUGCUGAAUACCGACAAUCGGCAGAAUCCUGUAGUUUACGCCAAGUUCAGAGGCAACCCGGAAACCUCUGCCCACCGGAAGAAUAUCCUAUUCUAUGGUCACUAUGAUGUUGUCCCUGCCGAUAAUAAGCAAGGCAAUUGGAUCGUCGACCCAUUUCAGAUGAAAGGGGUCAAUGGGUAUCUGUACGGCCGAGGGGUGUCAGAUAACAAGGGUCCGAUCAUGGCUGCUCUCUAUGGCGUGGUCGACCUCGUGCAUGAGAAGACUCUCGAGUCAGAUAUAACUUUUCUCAUCGAAGGAGAAGAGGAAUCCGGCUCCCGUGGGUUUAAGGAGGCAGUCAGACGCCACAAAACUCUUAUUGGCGAUAUUGACUACAUAAUCCUUGCAAACAGCUACUGGCUGGACGACGAAGUCCCGUGUUUGACCUAUGGCCUACGAGGUGUCCUUCAUGCCACAGUGAAGGUUGACAGCAAUCAUCCAGAUGUGCAUAGCGGUGUUGAUGGGAGCUUUAUGAUGGACGAGCCAUUGUUUGAUUUGACUGCGAUACUGGCAAAACUUAAAGGGCUUCACAAUCGAAUACAGAUCCCUGGGUUUUACGAUAAGAUUUUGCCCUUGACUACGACCGAGGAGGCCCGGUAUAAUGAUAUAUGCGACGUCCUGAUCCGGCGCAACCCCGAGCUUGGUCCACCGGAAACCCUCAAGGCGUCUCUUAUGGCACGAUGGCGGGAGCCAAACUUGACCAUCCAUCGGUACAAGGUUUCUGGCCCUGAUGGGUCGCUGGUCUCAUCGCAUGCCAGCGCAGCCAUUUCUUUCCGCCUGGUGCCUAACCAAGAAGUUGAUGAUGUGGUCAAGUCUCUUAACGCCUUUCUCUCUGACGCGUUUUCACAGCUCGAUACGCAUAACCGGCUCUCAAUCACGAUUGAUAACCAGGCAGAUGCAUGGCUUGGGGACCCAGAGAACGAGAUAUUCCAGACCCUGGAGGAAGCUAUCAUGGACGUUUGGGGUCCAAUAGGAGACACAAGGCGCUCAAGUGUCCCUGGACCAAAACCUAGGCAGCUCAAGUCGCCGCUAACCCCGAACAUGAGCCCGAGUCUAAAGCCAACACCGGCCACCAGUAAUACAUUGACGAAUGGCAGCGACCAUACCUCUCUCGCCGCAACCCCUCUUGAUGUCUCGCUGCCUGAUACGAUGCUUUCGCCAAUCGCCAUUGACGGCACAAAUGACAACAAGAGCAGAGGUAGAAAGCCAUUGUACAUCCGAGAGGGGGGUUCCAUUCCAAGUAUCAGAUUUCUUGAAAAGGAAUUCGGUGCCCCGGCUGCUCACUUGCCAUGUGGACAAGCAAGCGACAGUGCGCAUUUGGACAACGAGCGUCUCAGAGUCAGCAAUUUGUACAAAAGUCGGGAGAUUUUCAGAAAGGUGUUCAAGGAGUUGCCCAGAAAAUAG